AUGUGUCACUUGCCAGUAGGAAUUGAAUACCGAGCAUACUGGGCAGUUCAGCAGGUUAAUGUAGAUACUAAGGCCUGUGAAGAGGAAAGGAAGCUACAACUACAAGAGCUGGAAGAGCUCAGAUUGGAGUCGUUCGACUCAGCCAUGUGGUACAAGGAGAAAACAAAGAUGUGGAACGACAAAAAUGUGAGAACCAAGGAUCUCCAAGUUGGUCAGAAAGUACUACUCUUCCAGUCAAAAUUGAAGCUAAUGCUUGGGAAGCUCAAGUCCAAAUGGGCAGGACCUUACAUUAUCACUGCACUACCUUUGCAGGCGAGUGCAGAGACUGGGAGGGAGCGUGGAGCAGGGACGUGA